UUAGGGGAGAGGGCAAGUGCGUACUAGACAAAAGUGCUGAAUUUGAUACUACACUCCAAUGGCUUUAAAUAACUGAUACUACCUUAUAAAGGAAUAAAAAGACAGACUUUGACAUUGUCUGAUCAGCCUGCUCAUGGAGUUGCCUUGUCUAAUAGCCUACAGCAUAUUCAGUACUUCAACACAGGCACUCUUGCAGAGGAAGUGAUGUAUUAUUCUAGUAAAAAGCGAGGUGAAGAUGGAAUCGCUGCUGUCAUUGACUUCCUGUUGUCCAAUGCCCGGCUGGUGCUUGGAGUGGGUGGAGCCGCAGUGCUGGGCAUUGCAACAUUAGCUGUGAAACGGCUGAUAGAGCGUGCAGGAAGGCCUCCUGAUGAAAAGCCGGAGAAUAAGAUGACGGACAGCUGGGAGGAGUUAAGCUUGGUUAGCUCUUCCCCCAAACUGCUGCACAGGGGAAUUGAAGGAGUGGUCGUGAAACAGAUUGCCGCUGCAACCAAGAAAGAGCUGUCCCAGCCAAUCCCCCUGCCUUCACCUGAGCCCCAGCGGUGUGACCCUGACCCACCUCAACGACGGAAACGAAUGGAUCUCUGUGUGCUGACGUUUGCUGAUCGUCUGCAGCAGUAUUACAGAACGCGAGUGUGUCUGUCGGAUGAGGAGGUUUCUGUAGCACAACAGCGAGCGUUAGACAUCGCCACGGAGAUCCAGGCCUUCCUGCGUUCUAAACACCCAGAGAUGCCGUUGGGCGACAUGACAUUAGGGGGGUCACUGCUCGAUGACCUGCAAGUGGUUAAUGCUGACCAUGCCUGCCUGAUCGUGCCCCUACAGUUGGAGUCUAGUCUGUGGACGGCCAUUGCAGGAGAGGACACAUUUUUGGGUCACCCUCAGUAUUGCAUGGUGCGGCGCGAAAACCUUGAGUACUUCCCACGAGGUCGGAGCUACUGGGAUCGACACUUGCUGGGCGGGUACUUGUCAUCACGACUUGUUUCUGAGCAGCUCAGCAAGGCGGUGAUGGAAUCUAUGAACUGGCCGUCGCUGACCGGAACCCUUGAGUGUGAGGUCCGACCGGUGCUUGGAUCUCCUGAACUUAAACUAGAGAUUCAAGGGUUAAGUCGAAGCGGUUACAACAGUGGAGAACGCUUCUAUAUUACCAUAUUGCCGACAGUUCGGCUUGGUCAGAUGACGCUUACGGCACAACGGGAGAUCACAGGGUCAUUUGACUACGUUUGGUACCAGAGUUUGUACACCAGCGAAACGUCUAAAUUGGCGACACUUGACACAGUGGACUCGGGGUCAGAGGUCCGAAGGAAGUGCCUGAAAACAUUGAAGGCAGUGUGCCGCAACUGCCCUGCUCUACGUAAGCUCACCGGCAGCCAUCUUAGCAAUGUCAUUCUGCACAUGAGUGAGAAGGAAACUGAUUGGUUGGAAUCGGCCUUCGCUGAUAGGUUCCAACAGGCGAUCACUGAGCUGAUUGGAUACCUGGAGACUGGAAUCUUACCCAGUUAUUUCAAACCUGAUGUGAAUCUAUUUCAGGGUUUUAGUGAGGACGAUAUUGAUGAAAUGGGUUUUAUGCUCUACUGUGCUGUAACUGAACCUGAGAUAUUACUGAUUUGAUACUACUGAUUUGAAUAUCUCUAAUAGAUGUGCAAGCACAGAGUAGCUGUCUCCAUGGCAACAGGCAUUUAUGCACCUUUAAAGGAAUAGUUCACCCAAAAAUGAAAAUUCUGGGAUCCUUUACUCACCCUCAUGCCAUUCCAAACCAAUAUGACUUAAUUUCUUCAAAUGAACACAAAGGAAGAUAUCUCACAGAAUGGCCAAGCUGCUCUUUACCGCACAUUGAAAGUGCUCCAAAAAGGUAUUAUAAAUGUAGUCCAAAUCUGAUUGAGGAACUGAUUGAAUAAAAGUCUUUAAAAUUCACUAAAAAUAUUCUCAAAUGUCAAUAUUCUUAAAUAACACAUCUCAAAUCGUGCUUCAGCAUAUUCAAACUUGGCAAAUCAUGAUUGGUUACAAGACGAACAAGCAAGCCAAUGGCAUCUGGUAUACUUGAUGUCAAAUUUCCGUCUUCAUGUGCCAAGUUUUAAUAUGCACAAACACGAAUGAGACUUUGUCGGAUAUAAUGACUUUGAUCUGUUUCUCGCAGAGCUACUGUAUGGCUUCAGAAGACUUGGAAUAUAAUGGUAAUUUCUGGUGCUUUUUUGUGUGACCGCCCCUAUAAACUGUGAAUUGUAUGUUGUUGUUUUUUUGUAUGUAAAAGAGCAGCUGAACAUUGUUACAAACACCUCCUUUAGUGUUCCACAGAAUAAAGUCAUAUGGCUUUGGAACGACAUGUGGGUGAAUUAAUUAUGUUUAGACCAACCAACUAGCCCUUUAAACAAAUAUUUGCUUAUCAUCUUUAUGACAAGUAAUUGCCUUAAGGUGUCACACCAUACCUCAUUGGCAUACAAUGAGUGACAUAGGCAUCUAUUACUUUAACUAUGCAGCACUUUCCUAGAGAGAUACUUUUCUUGGAUGUAGAUUUAAAUAUAAUAUUUCUGAGUGCCCUAAGAGUAUUUAGACCAUUUAUCCAUCACUUUACGUGUAUUUUCUUUUAUGAACAGCGUGUUUGGUCUGUUUUGACCAUGAGAUUAUGUUCUAGUAUAUUGUAUUUGGCAGAAAUGCCAUUAUGCAUAGAUAAUGUGAAGCUAUGUUGAAUUUGAAUAGGCAAAUGGGCAAUAUUAAGUCAAUAAAAUGGUAAUAAAGUGCUUUUGCUGAGCAUGACAGUUGUUUAAUUUAGUCUUUUAAGUGUUUUCUUACAUGAAGUUCAGUUAUUCUCUAUUACAAAAUGACAAAACUGUCUGGUGUGUUUGAUUUUGAAACAUGUACAUUUAAGUGCAUUAGAGGGUUAUGUAAAGCUUAAUAAAGUUUAUAGGUGUACAGUUUGGUGAAUGGCAAAUGGACUUUCCUCUACCAAUAAUGGUGGUGGCAUUUUUCUACCUGCCCAAAUUCUACCCCUCCCAUCAUAGUAAGCAUAAAUGGCUGAAUAACAAAAAUAGACAGAAAUAAAUAUAUGUAGUGGGUCGCCCUGUCUACAGCUUAUAAUAAUGUGCCAAACAAAUUGUUAAAAAAAAUAAACCACCACAACAGUAAAUUGCCCCUACCAAUUUUCAUAGCACACUUAUACCACUGAGGGUUAAUGAAAACUUACUUAAUACAAAUUCAUCUUUGCAAAUGGUAUGUGUCUAAAUAAAGAGAUUUGUCAAAAUGUUAAA